AUGGACUAUCAGAAGUUUCCAGACGUUAGCAGCCUGCUUGUCACGGCAGAGAACCCAGCGCGUAAUGAUACGCUCGGUCUGGAUCACGCACGAUGUGUCGCUCUGCACAACCAUCUGGUUCACUAUGCCUGGACUGCUGAAGGACGCCCGCCCGAUGAUCUAAAUAAUAGCAGCAAAACAUUCUUUACCACCUACGGAGCUGCAGCAGAGGCUAUUCGUGAACGACUUGACCCCUCGCUGGCAGCUUUCCUUGACGCUGCCCUGUUGCCUCCCGAUGGGUCUGAUGGCCUUGAUCCCGCGCCCCUCUCUGUCUUUGUGUCUGAGUUCUGUGAGCCCGACAGUUUCUUUGCUAACGAAACGGCUGAUCUGUUCGACGAGCCUGUUGACAGUCUGGUCUGCCUAUAUUAUCCCAAUGUUGGCCAAGGUGGAGGAAGUGGCGGUGGCCUAUUCUACCAUCAAGGCUACCAUCGUGCCGCUGUCUUCAUGCAUAUGUGGGAUCACGAUUAUGCCCUGCCUGUUGCGGCACACCAAGAGCUUUGGCACCCUCUCGAAACAGUGCUCUCCAACUGGAUCGAGCUGAUUCAUCUUGGCAAGACUCAAAUCACGCCUUCACCGAGAGACGAGGGGGGCCGGUAUGGCAGCGAAAAGAUUGGACCGUGGGAAUGGCUGCCGUAUAGUGAAGCCCAGGUUGCAGCUUGUUUGGAUGCGUGGGAACAGCUGUGUAAGGCCAUUGAGGCGCGUAACUCACAAAUUACCAGCAGCACCACCUCCGAUGCCAUGAAUCCGGUGCGGUUGCUCGAUCCCGCUGUCUUGGAUGCGGCUUCAGUGCCCAACCCUUCUUUUGCCCGCUCCUUUCUCACCCGCGCGCGCCGACCUCUCUUUCGUAACAUUGCCCCAGGUCUUGUCCUGCCACCGGCAGACGCAACCGAGUUUAUGGCAGCGCAGCCCUUCACUGGAUUGCCUCGCGGCCAUCAUGCCGUACCGCCGGUAUGCCUUUUCCCUGCGGCGAAAGGCGAGCCUAAAUUCAACCUGUCGGCAUCUUCAAACCCCUUUUGUAAUGACUUUCGUGCAACAACUGCCGAUUCAGUCGUUCCAUCACAGGUCGGUGCCGGUGUCUACAGUCAGUCGGUUGAGAGGAAUGCAGGUCACGACUACGCCGAGGAGGGAUUCUGGCUGCUGCUACCAUACAACUUCGAGAGUAAUUGGGAUGCAAUCGACGGCGCGCGGAAGAGCGACGGUUCGUUAAUUGCCAGGGAUAGGUUGACUGAUCUGUUCCAGCAUGGAUACAAGCCCUAUGGUGGCGACUACUACCGACCUCAGAGGCUGGAACGUUUGUUUGACUGUUGGCGCAAGCUCAUUGAGCAAAACGUCUGGACUGUUGGGCCACAAGGAGUGCAAGGCAAUCUUGACACAUUCAAGGAGGCUGGAACAGCCCGUUGGAGAGACUAUAUUAUUACACCUACUUGGUAA